GCUCAUGCCAAUAAUCUGUAUAUGAAAAAUUAUAAUCAAAACGAAGAUUCAUCUUACAUCGUAUAUUUGGAUGCUAAUAACCUUUAUGGUUGGGCUAUGAUUCAAGCACUUCCCUAUGGUGGUUUUGAGUGGGUAAAAGACGUAGAUAGGUCUUUUAACUUUAAUAUCGGUAAUGAUUCAGAUUUUGGUUAUAUAUUAGAAGUUGAUUUAGAAUAUCCGCAUUAUUUACAUGAAAGUCAUAGUGACUUACCAUUUUGUCCAGAACACUCAAAGCCACCUGGAUCGAAACAAGAGAAAUUGCUCACUACCCUCCUACCAAAACAAAAGUAUAUUCUCCAUUAUCGUGCACUUAAACAAGCAAUAGAGAGUGGUCUUAAACUUACUCAAAUUCAUCGAGUUUUAAAAUUUGAACAAUCUCCAUGGUUGAAGGAGUAUAUCGAUUUUAAUACCAAGAUGCGAACUGAUGCCAAAAAUGAGUUUGAAAAAAAUCUUUUCAAACUCAUGAACAAUGCAGUUUAUGGCAAGACAAUGGAGAAUGUACGAAAACGAGUUGAUGUAAAACUUGUAACAAAAUGGGAGGGUAGGUAUGGAGCAGAGGCUCUUAUUUCAAAACCAAACUUCCACACACGAGCUAUUUUCAAUGAAAACUUGGUUGCUGUGGAGCUGAACAAAACUGAAGUGCUCAUGAACAAACCCAUCUAUAUUGGACUUAGCGUUUUGGAUAUAUCUAAAACAUUGAUACAUUUUUAUUUUCAUUAUAAAUAUAUGAGAAACAAGUAUGGUAAAAAUUGUAAAUUGCUCUACACUGAUACUGACAGCCUUAUUUAUAAAAUUAAAUGUACAGAUAUCUACUCUGAUAUGAAAGCAGAUAUUUGUAAAUUUGAUACAUCUGACUAUCCUGCUGAUAAUAUAUAUGGAAUUCCGCAAGCUAACAAAAAAGUCUUAGGACUCAUAAAAGAUGAGUGUAAUGGACGAAUAAUAACAGAAUUUGUUGGCUUACGAAGUAAAAUGUAUAGUAUUCGUGUAGAUGGAGAAGAUUUUAUGAAAAAAGCAAAAGGUGUCAAGACGGUAGUUGUGAAAAAAUCUAUUUCUUUCGAUGAUUACAUGUACUGUCUAAAGAACAUUAAAAUACAAACUAGAGUACAAUAUUCUAUAAGAUCAAAACUCCACAAUGUAUAUACACUAAAACAAACAAAGAUAGCAUUGAGUCCUUAUGACGAUAAAAGAUAUUUAUUAGAAAACAGUACAGACACUCUUGCUUGGGGACAUUAUAAAAUCAAAAACGAUGAAAAUGAUUGUGAUAAUAAUGAUGUUGUGAUGUUAGAAGUUUAA